CCCUUUAUGGGAAAAUUAAAUUGAGUUGGCAACGAAAGAAUCUCAAAUACCUUGAACGAAGUUGGUUUUAUAGAAGGUGCGUUUCAUUUUUCAUAAACAAAUCACGUUGCCGGUCAUUUACUUUUGGUUUGGAGAGAAAAGCCUGGGAAGUUCGUGAAGGACAAUGAGUGAAUCAAAGAAAGAGGACUGUAAAUAUGGAGCUGAUUGCUAUCAAAAGAAUCCAGCCCACAAAGCAAAGUACAAUCAUCCAGGAGACGCUCCAAAUGAGGCGGCAAAACGCGACAGAUCGCCAGAUGAUCAAGUUCCGGAAGCAAAUAAAAGACCCAAGGAAUCUCCUUCAACUUCCCAGGAACCCAAAGAAAAUCCUACUAAUAUAGAUGCCCCAUCGACUUCAGCACAGGCAGAUGAAGGGGAAAAUCAUGGAAACGAUGGAAAUGCUUCAGGCGCUUCAGGUAGUGCGCUUCUAAACGAAGAUGAACUCCCUCCUGAUGGAUCUGUCAUAGAUCCAUGGGAGCAUCGGAUACGCUUCUCGCAGAUGCAGGAAUACAAGCAACUGCUUAGGGAUCCCAAGCUGUUCAUCAAGUAUAAAUUCUGCGCGGAAAUGCCAGAGGAUUUUUACAGUUUCUGGGAAUUCUGCAAGACACAGACGAAGGAGGGCGCCAAGCCGGAGUGUCUCUUUGAAAAUGUGGGUCUACAGCUCGUUGGCCCCUUUGAUUACAUGGCAGGCAAAUUUCACGAUGCUCCUCUGUAUGAGCCUGGAGAUUACUAUCGUCACUGGCGUUUCUUCUACGAUCCUCCGGAAUUCCAGACAGUGAUGGUGAAAAAAGGCACGGGCAUUCACUAUGGAUACUGGCGAGAUACUCCUUUUGCCAAACAGUGCUACUUUGCCCGCAAUGAUGCCUCCAAGGGUUGCCAAUUCAGUAUUAUCGACACGAACAUCUUCAAUGCCGUCAGCCAUUUUCUGGACAAGGAUGCCGAUGUCACUCCCUUCAACAGAACUAAAAUUGGCGCACUGAAGAAGAGUCUCCAGGGCUGGGUUGUGGAUCAAGGAUUGGAGGUGACCAAUGCGGCAGAGUUGAUCAAGAAUCGCCAGAAGAUGCUCGUCUGCAAAACAUUCCACACUGCAGGACUCGUUGUUCCCGUGGAGCCCAAAACAAAAAUUGGCUACCGACCUCUGAUGCAAACUGACGCUGAACUUAAGAAGAUCCUCGCAAAAAUUGACGGUCCAGAGAGUCUCCCUUCCCUCAUGAACGUACUACAACCAGUCAUCACAGCUGCAAGUAUCGCCGUAGACGAAGGGGAUUACGGGACAUCAAUUGAACUGGCCAUGGAUUUUUAUUGCCACGGAUCUCCAGAAUUGCACAAUUUCAUUCGUCAUCUCUCAGUCGUGGGAUACACAGAAGCUCGUCAACCUCAGUUCCUCGCAAUUCUCAAGGCUCAGCUAGACAAUCGUAGAAAAGGUUUCGACUUGAGUAUUCUGGAGAAAGCAUGAUGAUUUAUUUUUUACCACUAAUUGUAAUUGAAGUUUUUUUUUUAAUAAAUCACGAAAUCAUGGAUCCU